CGAGUUUCGACAUGUUUCGACGAGCAUCCCGUCCCGGGUUGUUAUGUUGUUGAGUUGUUGAGAAAUCAUCCAAAUCUGUCUCGAAUUCUGGCUUCCGCUCACGUACUAUACCUCAGCGUAUUGAUCCGUCGCUAUAUUUUUGUUUUAUUAUAGUAAUAAUUCAUAUGAGUGUGCCGAAAACAUAUUCUCUCGUGCUGAAGCUGAUUCCUAUCGUCACUCAGCUGCAGCAUUCAUGACUGUGGAGUCAUGUCAUUCACUUCUCCUACUAUCCAGGAUGUGAAAGUAACUGUUGGAGUAUGGAGUAACUGAAUAGAAUUGACGAAAUGGCUGUAAAUGUCUGUACAAAAUUGACAGAAGAGCGAAGCGAAAAUGUAUGUCUCCUCUGUAAUAGCUUUGUCAUUGAUGAACAAAAGUAUGGUUGCAUGUACCAAUCGGAAAAUGUCAUCGUCCACCAUUAUUGUGUUCUUCUUUCGUCUCGAAUGGUUCAAAACGGCCAGGAUGAAGAAGGAAUACUGGGCUUCUUGGUGCCGGAUAUUCUAGAGGAGAAGAAGCGGGCCCAAAAAACUUUUUGCGAUUUUUGCCAACUCCCUGGUGCUACCGUUUAUUGUGCAAGUAGGAGGUGUAAACUAAAAUUCCAUGUGCCUUGUGGAGUGCGGAAUGACUGCUUAAAUCAAUUUUUUGGUGCCUUUAGAUCUUACUGUGUUAAACAUCGACCUGAGCAAAAAAUCCCACCUCACAUAAUUCAAGAAGCAAAGAAAUCUAAACCAACCUGUACUAUUUGUUUCGAGGAUGUCGUUGCAAAAGCCUGUCCAAACACUCUGUGGGCACCAUGCUGUAGCAAAAACGCAUGGUUUCAUAGAACAUGUAUUCAAAGUCUUGCCAUCAGUGCUGGAUAUUUCUUUAAAUGUCCACUGUGCAAUGAUAAAGAGAAAUUUCAGAAAGCUAUGUUCAACUUUGGAAUAUACGUCCCACAACAGGAUGCCUCGUGGGAAACAGCACCCAACGCAUUUCAUGAGCUUCUGGAAAGACACAGCACUUGUGAUAUCCCAGCCUGUAAGUGUCCAAAGAAUAGAAGGUUUAAUGCACCAGGAACUAUUUGGGAGUUGAUUCUCUGCUCAAUCUGUGCAUCUCAAGGUAUUCAUAUCGGUUGUGGGUUAAAAUUUACUACAACUGAUUGGGAGUGUCCAGAAUGUUGUAAAACAAUAAAAAAAGCCAAAACCUCCAAGCAAAUCAGUGCCACAGAUAGUGAUGAUAGUUCUUCUGAUGAAAGCAACAGUGUCUCAAAAAAAUCCAGAUCCAGAAUAAAAAACAAGAAAAUCAGGAGGAAAAAACACAAAAAAGUUUCAAACCCAUCCAUUGCUGUUGGAGAUUCUUCUCGGCCGCUGUCCAAUAGCAGCUCAAAUAGCAAUACUAAUGUACCUGAUGAAAAUGCCGAUAUAAUCAUAAUCAGUAGUGACGAUGAUUUAAUUGAGAUAAUGGACAGCCCAAAACCUAACUCAUCAUUUAUCCCCAAAGGAGAUGCAGAUGAAGACUCUUCUAGUGAUAUUGAUGUUUUAUCCACUGUCAUAACUGCCUCCUCAGCUUCAAAACACUUUGAAGCCAAGCAGCCAAGUGAAGGACCUACCGCUUUCAUUCGAAUUCACAACCCUUCAGGCGGUGUAACCACAGUCCCUGCUGCCUCAUUUAAGAAUUCAGUCGUUGAAAUGAGCUCUACUCAGUCGCUGUCCUCUUCCGAGUCAAGGUCUGAUGGAAUUUUCAUCUUAGAUGGUAGUUCUGAUGCCAAUCAGAAUCAUCUUAAAAUGCAAAAUUCAAACAGACAAAGUGAUAGAAUUUUUUCCAGUAGUGAGAGGAAUUUGAAUGCUCAUGGAUCUGCUUCAAAUGGAAACAAUCAGAAUCAAGUGACUGGGUCUCACAAUCACGAACUGUCCUCAGACGUCUCAUGCUCAACAACAGCUUCCAGACACUUCAACUCUGCCACUAUUGAAUCAACAUGCGAGCUACGACGACCUCCCGACAGUCUCACCGACCUACCCUCUACAAGUGAUGAGAUUUUCCUCCGACGAUAUAGUCAUCUUGGAUUAAAAUCAGCACAUGUUGUGAUACGACCUCUAAAAUUCCGUCAAAUUGGAAAGAACCGAUUUUUGACCAUAAUACCAUCCCAAAGUAAGAAAAGAGGAAGGAAACGAACCAAACUCCAAUUACAGAUCCAUGAUAAUCAAAUCGUAGCCAAAAAUUAUGCAAGUUUAUCCUACGAUUCGAAGAGGAGACUUAGAAAAUGUCGUCAACCCUUAAAAGAACUGCUUCAGGAUCUUUGUAAUGUUCAAACAGAUCAUCAUAUCUCAUCCAGGAGACGUUCCUCAAACCAGGCAUCAACUCAAAACAAUAUUGGCAGAUCAUCCUCAGCAGUCAAAACCAAACCACAGAACAAUACUGUAUCCACUGAAAGUAUGUCUUCCAGUCAAAAGACUAAAAUUUCUGCCUCUAAUUCAACACCCAGGACAAAAGAUAAAACUGUAAAAUCCAAUGUCACCUCUAUUAAAACAGAUGCCAAAAAGUUCAAGGAAACAUCAUCAGACCUAAGUCAACGGUCGACUCCAAAGCUCGAGAUAAGCAAGGCCUCUGGAGAACCAUGUAAAAUCUCAGGAAUAGAGCGUUACUUCAAACGCUCUCAAGCUGGCCCCUCAAAUGACAAAAAAUUAGCUCCCAUCAUGAAUGAUGACCAGCUCAAUCGUACCGACAAUGACAAGGAAUCAUUGAAAUCCUUUAAUUUUCCUCAGGAAUGCAAAUCAAAUUCAACAGAUGUUCCCAAGCCAAGAUCAACUCAAACCCCCAAUGAAAAACAACAAAUUCCUUCUUGUGAUUCUUUGAAUGUUUGUCAGACUGACAGGAACUCUAAGAGCCAUAAAAAAUCAAACGGAACAGUAAAAAAAACUGCUGAAAUCCGUUUCGCAGAAGAUUCAUCUACCAGUUGUGAGUCAUGGCUUGGCUCAGCACUUGCUGAUCUUAAUCCUCUUACAACUCCUAAAAAAUUUGAAUUGAAGAGAAGUAAUAAUGCCAAGUCAGAUACCACUGUCAUAGGUCAAUACUUUUCAGCUUCUGAAAGCAAGCCAGAUGAAAAAUCGUCAUUCAAAACUUUGGUAUCAGAAAAUAAAGCAAAUGAUACCAACCCUCCCAAAAUCAGGACAGUAGAUUGUAACAAAUCGAGCAAUUCCUCUUCAGAUCAGAAAAAAACAUCCCUCCAAACAAUGGUCAAAAUGAUCGAUACUAAGCCUGGAACCACCUCUGAACCCAGAUCUAGAGGAAGACUAGUGCCAAUAUCAUUAUUUGAUCCUCCGGAAGUAUUAGAAAGCAAAAGAGCAGAAAGGAUUCUGAAACUAAGCUUAGCCUCUACCUCUGGCUCUGACAUCGGAGAAACCUCAUCGGCCCAGCUAACAGACAUCAAACAGGAACCCGGUAAACCAGCAAUGAGUCAUCCUCCAAGAAAAUCAAGAGUGAGCUCUAAAAAUUCGAAGUCGUCGACAUCACUUUCCCAGAAAUCACAGGAUUCAGAUAGCUCAGAUACCGUAUUCAAAGGCAAACGAAGCAGGCAUACAGGAAUGGUUUCCACAAGACCAAAAGUUUUGCACGAAGUUACAGCCCAGACUGAUAAUGAAUGUGAGAAAGUACAUCAUAAUUCUGAGGCGAAUGAAAGUAAUCUCAAACGAGAAAAUUCGAAGUCAUCGAGAUCACUUUCUCAGAAAUCACAGGAUUUGGAUAGCUCAGAUACUGUAUUCAAAGACAAACGAAGCAGGCAUAAGGGAAUGGUUUCCACAAGACCAAAACUUUUGCAUGAAGUUACAGCCCAGACUGAUAAUGAAUGUGUGAAAGUACAUCAUAAUUCUAAGGCGAAUGAAAGUAAUCUCAAACGAGAAAAUUCGGAUAAUAAUUGCCCCUCAAGUUCUAAAAAAAUAAAAUGUGAAAAGAGUUCUUCCACAAUUCAACAACCUCGAACAAGUUCAAAAAAAGAUCCAUCAGUGCCACUCUUUGAUUUUGAAGUGACAUCUCCGCCUAAGCCUAAAAAAACCAAACAGAACUUUAGAAUUGGUGAUAUUAGUCCAAAAAAUAAAUCCCUGUCCAAAAAUACGUCGCCAGAAAAGCCAAGCAGUUUUAUUCCCAAGCUCUUGAACAAUAACAAAGACCCUCUUUCGAAUACAAGCUCUGAACACACGGAGGCGCCAAAAGAUUUCCCUAAAAUUAGAUCCUUCAGGUCUGAUAAGAAUUCACAAGCAAAGAAUGACUCAAAAGAUUUUGAUAAGAUUUCGAAUAGAAAAUCGAGUGAUAGUAAUGUGAUUGCAGCAAAGACCAGUCCACCAAUAAAUCAGUUUUUUCGGGUUUUUGAAAAAUUUAAUGGUUCAUCCAUUGAAAAAAAUACUAGGCUAAUAACUGAAGAAAGAUUGACCCCUGCAGCCUACCCAGGGGACAAAGGCAAAGGAUCCUCAAAGAAAGAAACCAUGUCAAAAUGGAGGAGCUCGAGUGUCACAAAGGCUCUCGAGAAAUCAAUGAAUGAGACAAAAGAAAAUAUUUCCACAACCAAACCGAUUUGCAGGAGCCAAGAUAAGCACCAUCAAACAAGAAUCACUGAUUUUUGUUCGAUGAGUAACAAUCUAGGUUCAGUCUUACCUCAGCGAAAGUUAUCUGAAGUUUUAAGGCCUAAUUACAAUUGAUGAACUAUAUUGGAUCAAAUGUAUUACCUAGAAAUCGACUCAAUUUGAAAGAUAUAUCAAUGAUUCAUAAAUAAGUUUACGUGCAUUUGAACUAAACCUAACUUGAGGUAAUUUGAUUGAAUUGAAAUGCCAUAGCGGAAGUUCCAGUUGUCAAUUAUAUUGAGCUCUUUUUUUUGUUCUCCUGUCUCAGUUUUCGAUCCUCCUUUUUCUCAGGCAACAUGAAGUAAGGGGGCUUUGCAAGUAUUAUGUAAGCAAUUUUGCCGGACUUUUUGAUCCCCCAUAAGACACCUGUUAGAGAACCACCCCCACUUGUGCAUUAUGUACGACAGGCCUGAUCCUAAACUUAGGAAGCUCGAAAAAUAGCUGAAAAAUUUAUUUUGAUCAAAAAAUAUUAUUUUUUCUUUUGACUGGGAGGCUUGCAUCAGAAUGGGCUUGGCACCACCCCCCCCCCCUUACUUAUCCCUAAAAGACCUCCUAAAGCAAGCUCAGACAACUGCUCUCCCCUUAAGUAGCCCUCAUAAUACUUAAUUGGUCCAUAAACUGUGGUAAAUGAAAAAUUAUAUCAUUUCGAUCAUUGCUCAAUUGCAGUUAAUUGCUGUAAAAUUUGUACCUUUCAUUUUACAAUUAGCACUGUUUAUGUUUUGGAAGUGUUAAUUUUAAUUUUCGUACUUUUAAGAUAUCUUUGAAGUCUUUUUGACACGCUAUGAAUAAAUCGCUGAAAAAAGUUACUCAUUUACUUAGGUUUUAAUAUCUUUUUUGGUCACUCAUUGUGAAUAAUUUUAAUACAUGAAUACCUUGAGUGCAGCAGUAAUGAUGGAACCUUCUGUAAAGGGUCAAGACACUGUUUCACUCUCCGUUUAAGGAAGCUCGGAUCUAAAAUUCCAAAUUUCUUACUGCUAACUCUUAUGAAUUGUAAAGUUUUUAUUGAAAAUGUUUUGUUCAAAAUUACUUUAAUGGUUCCCAUCAUUUUUGUCACAACUGGUCACAGAAUUAUUUUUUAUAUUUAAAGAAGAAUUAAAUGAUUUGAAUCAUUGCGUGAUUUUUGCGUAUUUGAAAGAAUUCAUCUUCGCUCUAUCUUAUUUUCAGCAAGAGGUUUUUGGGGCCUCAAAAACUGGGUGAAGUAAUUUUGAGAAAAUCUUGGUUUGUCCCUGGGGAAAAGCAUUUUCAUUCUUGGAAGUUUAUUAUCAGUAACAUUCUCCCCCAAUUAGGGUCUUUUUCACCAAAUAAUGGUACUUGUUGGUGAAACAUUCGUUCCAUCACCUUGAGUGAGUCUGAAGAGAAAUUUUUAAAGUGAGGAUAAUACAUAAAUACUAUGAAACCUGCAAGUUUUAGCCAGGAAUUUGCACUGGGCAGAGGCAACAUGAUUAAUUUUUUGAUCUGAGAAAAUUGUCUGUUUAUUAAUUAUGUUAAGUUCUACAAAUGCAGCUCUUAGGAAUGUGAUAAGAUAGCAUGACAAAGUAAAAUAUAUUGAGAAGAAGAAGAGGAAAAAAUCCAACAGAAAAUAUGAUAGAUUAUAUUAGGGUAUCUUAAUCUCAUGUUAAAAUUUGACGUUUUAAAUUUUGAGCCAAUUUUCUUUGACCAUUUACUCAAAAUAUUCUAACAGUAAGCAAGGUGGAACCCUGGGGCUACGCUUAUUUCAACAAAUUUGACCGAUAAAUUCCACAAUGAACAUAGGAUCCCAUCACAAUGUUCCAAUCCAUGUAAAAACUAACUUGGAACACUUCAGCAUUUUAUUCACAUUCAGAGGAUUCAACAGACCUUCAUGCUAUUAGAGGCUUUACUCGAAAAAUUCCUAUUUUUAUUCUAAAAUCUGUAUUUAAGGACCACCAAUAGAUGAUCUACUCAAAUAUCUCAUUUUAAUGUAAGCACCUUUUCAGCAUUUUUUAGCACCCUGUUCGAAAAUGCCGAGGAUUUGUCUUAUCAUGUCCGGAAAUUUUUGUCAACUCAUCAUGUUCCUCCUCAAAAAUCUUUGAUUUUACAGGAAACUGGCCCAUGAUCGCUUAGAACUAAGGUCAAUUUUUAUUCAAUAGCCAUAAAUACUUUACCUGGCAAAAGACACGUCUAAGCAUUUCUCCCUCUCUUCCUGAGAACAAUGUUUCUUCCAUCCUACGACCAAAUCUGCUAUGAUGCCCAAUAUUUAUCUUAUCUGUUUUUUUUUUUUUUUGCUAUCCAAAAGGUAUAUUUUUCUUCGAAGUCCACAUUAGGCUAUUUUAUGUUCUAUUCGCUGCUGAAUCCGAAAAUGACUUCAAUUUCUUUCGAAUGGGUUUUUCGAAGAAAAACUCUGCAAGAGGUGGAAGGUCCACCGGAACUUCUUUAUGUCGACUAAAUACAUAAUCAUUCUGUAUUUCGAUUUACAAAAAUUCAAGCACCUUAAGUCUUGGGUGGUUUUUUACCAAAAAUAUGCGCUCAUUCUUUAAAAGGGAAAUUCUAAGGGAUCCGAUUUGUUGUCCAUACAUUUCUUGCUUCAAUUUUGGUACUUUCUCUCUCCUGCAGCUUCUUCUGGCGGACUCAAUUUCAUUAGGACAGGAAAAUGAAAUGGGAUAAUAGAGAAAUGAUACGAUUUUUUAGGCUCAGUCAUCGCUGUGAAAAGUACGUGGAUUCAAAGGGAAGGGCAUCAAUGUAUGUUUGCAGAAUUGCAAGAACGUUUCUUGCAUGUUAACUUGCAAAAAACACGAAUAUCCUGUAAUAACCUCUUUUUUCUCAAGUCAAAUAGAAAUGUUCAGAAAUUGUCAUGCCAAAUUGAGGCUAGGCCAAUUUUUUGUUUUUUUUAAAAAAAAAGUCAAUCACAGCAAUGUGUAUGAAGACUCUCAGGAAGAUUUCAGCUUUCUUUUUGUCGAAGAUUUUGUGAAAUAUAGUGAACAUAAGCUAGAGAGCCCAUACCACUAGAGCUCAAAAAAUACUUAUUUUCUAUGAUUUUGUUCCACAUUAGUAAAUUAUCAUCAAGUAUCAAGUGCCCUAUUUUCCUUUCUUUUGUCUUGUUCUUUGUCCGCAUAUAAGUAGGAGUUGAAUUUUCCUGAUUUUUACGCACGAAACAACCGUACCAACUGGGUGUGUCGGGAAAUUUUGGACGAAACAAAAAUUUUUAAAUAGUCUUUUUCUUCUGAUUAUUCUCCUUCGCUAUGUUACCAAUUUUUUAAAGAUAAUCUGUGAAUUAAGCCUUGAAUAGAUGGAUUAUAUUUUUCAGAAUGGCUCUCUUCUGAUCAUUUUUCUUUGCUUUGUGUCCAAGUUUUUGUUAAAAGAUAUUUUGUAAAUUCAGUCCUGAGGAGAAGGAAUGAAUUUUAUUUUAUUGUUCCUACUCCAUCAGCAGUUCAGAGGUUAUCUCCGUAAAACCACGAUAAUUAAAUCCCACUUGACUGUUACUUAUGCUGGUUGCACCUCACCCCAUUGGCUCUCCAAAUAAACAUGCUCUCUGAAUUGAAA